CCCCACCUGUCAAUUUCACCCUGCAUGUCAUGGCUUGGCUACCUCAGGCUAGUGAUGAACUUGGGUUUUUCGAAAUUUGUGGGAUCAGUCCCACUAGAACUACAUUCCAGGACAUUACAACAGACGCAGAAAAGCAUUCGAUCAUAACGAAAGAGUUGUUUAAGACAUCUCAAUCCAUAAGCUUCACUUUUGAAAUUGAAAGUAUUGUGCGGCUACAUCCUCAAACAUGGCACCUGUCACUCACCCCAUGGAAAACAAUUCCAGGGCACCAAGUCGCCUUCGCAGAUCUACACAAGGUUACCAGCAACCCAGCCUCGUUUUCCAACGACCUCGCCGAGACGGAAAGCCAAGUUCUUGACAAUUUCAAAGUGGGCAGUGUCCCCUACGUUGGUGCGCUGUUUCAGCGCAUAGAUGUACCGCCUGGAAGCGUUACACCCAUGCAUAGGAUGUUGACGCUUGGAUACGGUGUGAUUGCUUCUGGAGAGGCUGAGUUAGUUCUUGACAGCGGGGAUAUUCGGGUUGUGAAGCAGGGAGAUACGGUGGUGGAAAGGGCUUCCAUGCACCAGUGGAAAAAUUUAUCCCGGACUGAAUGGUUGAGGGUCAUUUGGGUGUUGAUACCCAUCCUACCCGUGGAGGUUGGGGGGAAGAAGUUGGAGGAGGAGUUCAAGGGGUAA